AUGGACCUGGCCGACAUGAGACCCCCGUCGCCGUCCCAUAUGUACCUGAUGCCAAUCCAACAAGAUGUGGAACCGUCUCCCUCCGUCCGCUCAUCCCUGUCACGAGCAUCCUCCAUGUUGUCGGUCUCCUCCUACAACAGCACCGCGCCACUCAUCCUCCCUCCUCCAGCUACGUCGCCACCUCAACCCGCAACGCCAGUGGCAGGCCCGCUCAGGCGGCUCCUCUCGUUCGCGCGCGACUCUAUACACGGCCACCAUAUAUCGCUCAAGGAACCGCUGAAGCGACUCGUCUCUUCCGUGUGCCAAUACGUCUCUGCAAUCAUACGGCAGCUCUCAUACUGGGCUCUGAUAUUCUGCGGUUGGACGGUGGCCUCAUGCGCUAUCGGGCUCAUCUGGGUCAUUUCAAGCGGAUACGUUGGCUGGUUCCUUAUGUCCAAAGAAGAACCGUACAAGUCGGCCGGCACGGGGUACUUCGCCGCGGGCGCCGCAGGCGGUGCGAUUUUGGGUGUCGCCGCGGGCUACGUCGUAGCGUGCUUACUUCUGGUCAUCGAGUGGUCGUCGACGGUGUUUCUGACGAUCGUCGGAUUCAUCGUCUUCGCUGUGGGAAUAAGUGGGCAGGCACUCGGAGUGUUUGUGCUGCAAGGGAAGGUCUCGGGGAUGGUUGAUAUGGCGCACGCGGUCGGAGCGAGUGUCGCCGGCUCUGCGUUCGUUCUUUUCGGCGUAUUCGCUAUAGUCGGUGCCUGUACUCGUGAGAGUCAGUAG